AUGUACGAUGAAGAAGCCAUCAGAAAUCCAAAUAUGGCUUACACUUAUCUUUGGACAUCAACCGAGUCAUCAAUGCGUAAGGCAAGACGUGAACAUGUUCCGGUACUACACGAAACUCUAAAUUCUUUGAAAGAGAUUUUAGAAGAACAAGAAAACUUGAUUCAGUGCAAUGGUCAUCGAUUUUUUCAGGAGUGUAUUAUAGUAGAUGGCAAUGGGAAAGCUCAUGUUAUGUUUGCCUGUCCAGAGGUCAUCAAUGAUGUAAUUUUAAAUGAUGGUACGGUAUGGCAAGCUGAUGCAACUUUCAAAGUCGUACCAUCUAUGCCUAAAUGCCGGCAGUUGUUUAUGAUGCAUAUCAUUAUUCAAAAUCAUUCUGUUCCAAUAUGUUAUGUUGUAAUGGAAACAUUCAGUUAUAAUGAUUUUCAAAGAAAUUGGAUUGAAAAUGCAUUUUCAAUUGUAUACCCUGAUGCCAUUUUAGUUUCGUGCUGGUUCCAUUAUGUACAGAGUUUGUGGAAAAAUAUAAGAAGGUUGCAUUAUACAACAUACAUAAGGGACAAUGAACUAGCAAAAAAAUGUUUAAAAAUGGUGAUGGCGCUUUCAUUGCUUCCUGCGGAACAAAUUGAGUUGGGCAAUUUAAGUAAUAAUCUAUCAUAA